AUGAAGCUUGUCGCCUCAGUCGUCGCCCUCUCUGCGGUCGUCUCCGCCCGUAGCCUCAACUUGCGUCAAUCGUCUUCGUUGCCUGUUCCCUCGCAAUGCACUUCGCAAUGCACCACAUUUGUGUCCAUCUACGACGGAUGCGUCGCCGGUGACACUGUCACUUGUGCCUCUAUCUGUGACAACAUUCCCACCGUCCAGGCAUGCAUUACUUGCAUCGAGGGCGUGGACCCCUCGAUCACGUCGGACCUGCAGUCCGCCAUGGACCAACUUACUUCUGCAUGCGGUGCCACGACCGGCGCCGCCACGGACAUGGUUACGACCGACACGAUGUCCGUUGAAAGCAGUACUAUCGACACCUUCGUUUUGACUGGUACUGACACCAUUGGCGUUGACACCAUGAGCGUCGACACCAUGGGCAUGGACACCGCCACGGUGGGCCUGGUUACGACCACGGCCCCCGCCGUCGGCGUUCAAACGACUGCCGCUGUUGGCGUACAGACAAACGCAGCUGCUGGGGCGUCGGCCAACGCAGCAACUACCAAGUCAUCUACCACACCUGCAGCAGGUGCAUCGACUGCCAAGACUACCACGACCAACACCCCGACGGUUAAGAGCGGUGGCCUCCUUACAGCCUCCAUGUCGCUUGGCGCCAUUGGCAUUGCCGUGGCCGCUUUCCUCCUUUAA